UUGUCUGCGCAUGUUCGGGGUUCUCCAGCAAGGAAAACACGUGUAACGAGGCAGCAUGGCGGAGCAGAAGGGCGCAGGAAUGGAGCUCGAUGUAUUACAGGUGAGGAAGGCAGUGCAGGCGUUGUUUGCCUAUCAGAAGUCCUCCGAGGAGAACUCCCAGUCGCUGCUGUUGAAUGAACACCAGCACAUCUGCCUGUUGGUCACCUUGUGGAAGAUCCCACCCAAGGCACGCACCAUCCACAUCCCCCUCCCUCACGGGAUACGCACCAGCAAUGCUGAGGUCUGUCUCUUCACCAAGGAUGAGCCCCAGAUGACUAGCGAGCAGACUGAGAGGUUCUACAAGAAACUGCUGGCUGAACACGGGGUGAACAGCAUCACGCAGGUUAUUCCCUACCAGACUCUGAAGAAGGAGUACAAGCCGUUCGAAGCCAAGCGGAAACUGCUCAGGAAUUUCGACAUGUUUCUGGCUGAUGAUCGGAUUCGCCGUCUCCUGCCCUCCCAGAUCGGGAAGCAUUUCUACAGGAGCAAGAAGGAGCCUCUCUCUGUUAACCUGAAUGCGAAGCAGCUGGCCAAGGAGCUGGGAAAGGUGAUCCAGGGAAGUAUCCUGCCGGUCAGCCACAAAGGCUGCUGCUGUAUGGCACGUGUGGCUCACUCCGGGAUGACUGUGGAUGAGGUGGUGGAGAACAUUUCUGCUGCUGUCAAUACGAUAGCUGAGAAGCUAAACAAGAAAGGGAAGAAUAUUAAAAUCCUCCACUUGAAGACCCAGAAGUCGGUGGCUCUGCCCAUCUACAGCUCGAACCUGCGCAACCUGACCGAGCUGGACAAAGAGGCAAGCACUUCAGACACGAAGCAGAACGCUGGGAAAAAGAGGAAGUCCAAGAAGAGAACAAGGAAGCCAAAAGACCAAGCCAAGAAGCAAGUGAACGGGUCGGCAGCUGUGGAGCCCGAGGAAAAGCCUGAGGAACCCAAACCAGAAGUGGAGGAGAUUCCUGAGUUGGUUCCCAUGGAGACCCCAGCCAAGAAAGCAAAAGUGCAGAAGACUCCUAAAAGCAGGAAGACCCCAGCUAAGGAGCCAGUGAAAAAAUCAGCUAAGUCCCCAGAAGCCAUCCGAGAAACUCGGCUUAGAAAAAAGCAAGCCCAGACACCUGUAGCACCAUUGGUUCUGCCUGAGACUCCGAAAGCCAUGAAAAAGGAGGCAAUCCAGACCCCCAGCAGGAAGGCUAAAACACUGAAGACCCCUAAACCAGCAGUAUCGGAAAACGGGGCGGCCCCAGAGGUGCCGCAGAAAACACCGAGGAAGAGAGCGAGGCCUGCGGAGGUCAAGCUGGUUAAAUCUGCCAAGAAAGCGCCGAGAACACCCAAACAGAAACAGAAGAAGUCCGGUGUACCCCAGUCUUGUUAAAUAGCAAGAAUGUAUACAUAUAGAGAUUGUGAUUUAAUAACCCAGUUAAAUACAAACCUUUCUCCCUAUACCUUUUUUUAGAUAGGGUACUGUUUUCCCAGUCCUGGUGAGUGGAAACAGCAGUCUGUAAUAAGAUGUGUCUCCUGGUUUUAUAUGGACCACAAUGCAGACCCAAACAGCCAUACCAUGAGAGUGGUAACUGAUUUAUUCUGCCAAGUUGAAAUAUAGACCGGUAUCUCCAAAUGUUAUAGAAAUUAGGCUGACUAACAUUGACGUAAGCAUCAGUACAUUGAAGGGCUAUACUGUUCUUAAAUUAAAUAAACUGAACCCUGUCUACCUUAAUUAGACACUAGGGCUGCACUAAGUUAUUCCCCAAUCAGACUUUUUUUGUGAAACGUACGAUAAAAUUGGUAAAGCCUUUUUUUAAUGGAAAAAUUAAAUUUACAAUGUUAGAUCUACACUUAAUCUCUCUGUGUGUGACAUAAUAUGUAAGUGGUUAUCCUGCCAUGAUACAGUAUAUAGCAGGUUUUAAUUUUCAUGUUUGACCGAUUCUUGUAAUCUGUGGUUGUGGAGCAUAUCGUUGACUUUUCCUGGGACACAUCAAAAUAAGUGCAUCUCGGGAAGCUUUUCCCUUAAUUGUGUUUUUAAUAAACAAACUUUCUCAAA